AUGAUUCUACUUGAGCAGAACAACCGAAUUAUUAGCGAGUUAUUGGAUCUGAAGUUCACCAAUGCAAAGGAAGGGGGAAAACCGGAUAAUGUGGAUGCUAAGUUCGCUGAUUUUGAUGGUGUCGUAUACCACGCUUCAAACCCGGACGGAGAUAAGACGAAGAUUCGAUUGAGCAUCUCUCUUAAAUUCUUCAAGGAACUUCAAGAGCACGGUACAGAUGCUCUUCUUCGUCGAGAAUAUGGUUCUUAUCUGACUACUCCAGAACCCGGAUACAAUGUGUCCCUGAUUUUUGAUCUCACGAAUCUUCCCGCUGACCAUAGUGCCCUCAUUGAAAAAGCGUCUGCACUGAAGAGAAACUGUUUCGCUUCGGUUUUCGAGAAGUACUUCGAGUUCCAAGAAGCUGGUCAGGAAGGACAAAAGAGGGCUGUCAUCAAUUACAGAGAAGAUGAAACUAUGUAUAUUGAAGCCAAGGCUGAUCGCGUUACGGUUAUCUUCAGCACAAUUUUCAAAGAUCCGGACGACGUUAUUAUUGGAAAAGUUUUCUUGCAGGAAUUCCGUGAAGGACGAAAGGCUAGCCAAACUGCUCCAGCAGUACUUUAUUCUCUGGGCGAGCCUCCUCUAGAGCUACGAGAUCAACCAGGUGCACGAGUUGGCGAGAACGUUGGAUACAUCACAUUCGUUCUAUUUCCACGACACACCAACAAGAAAGCACGCGACAAUACCAUCGAUCUGAUCCAUACGUUCCGUGAUUACCUGCAUUAUCAUAUCAAGUGCUCAAAGGUAUACAUGCAUUCAAGAAUGCGUUCAAAAACAAACGACUUCUUGAAAGUGCUUAACCGUGCCCGUCCAGAAGUGAAACUCGAAAAGAAGACAUUCAGGUGA